GCAUAUCGGAACGAGGACAGUUUUCCUGAGUUGUGAUUGGUCGAUGGGAAUAAGGGGCGGGGCGUCGCCCUGCGAUCACAGAGGCGCACUGUACGAGAGGGCGGAUCUGACUCUGCACAUCGGCCAACACUACAGCGUACUGAAUUUUAAAAACAACAACAUAGGGAGGAUGGACUUCAGUUUACGUGAUGCCUUCACAGAUGGGGCACCUAAGGCGACCCAGGACAGCCUGCUGAAGAGGGAUUUUGUGGCUGGGUUGGAGGCACAGACCUAUGAUGAUAAAGUGGGCGAGACCGUUGGGAAGACAGAAUACCGCCCCCUUCUGGAUGGGAGGGAUGGCAAAAGGGAAGGGUCUGGGUCCUUGAAUGCAGGCCAGCCUGGAGGGCAACGUCCGGACCCUCAGGGAGAUAUCCAUCCCAGCCCGCCUGGACAAUAUGUCUAUAAGAAUGACUUUCAAUCAGGUCCAGCAUCAAUGAUGGAAAAGCCUGUCCAAUUAGGUAACCAGCAGAUGGGAUCUACUGUGAAGGAUAACAGCAUGGACCCUUUUCUGGGGUUCUCUCAGCCUGGAAUGAAAAUUGGUAUGAAUAUGAAUGUUGGCAUGGCCCCUUUCCAGAGCUCCAAACCCCCCAGCAUGGGUGAACCUCAGAAGACCUCACCCUUGUUUGCCAAUGAACCACCCAAACCAUCCCAGAUAACUGCUAAUCUGAGUGACACAAGCCCUCGUAACAGCCUGGAAAGUUCUGCAGAAGUUUGGGGAAGCCCUUGGACAGGUGAGGAAAUGCUCUCUACGGAGCAGUCCCAUGCUUCCAACAAGGCAGAACAGAGUCACACUGAUGCCUUGGGUUCCCAGAGUCUAGAUGCAGCAUCUGGUGAGGAAAAGUCCAUCGAGGAAGGAACCGAAAAGCAGCAGAAGCGAAAAAAGAAGAAACGCAAGGACAGGGAAGAAAUGUAUGACCUUCUGGACAGUCUUGGUUCCCCUGACUCAGAAGAGACUUCUGAAAGCUCCAACCAUGGCUGCCCCUCACCUCCUUGUAGGGAUGAAGAGAUGUGGGAAAGUGAGAUCCAAGAAAGAGGGGGAGGACGCAUCAAGGCCAAGAAGAGUAAAAGCAGGAUGAAGCUACCUGAAGAAUGGAGUGCUCCUCCAACUGUAAUGGACAUGGACUUUAGCAGCCCUAAUUUGGGUGAUUCAAAACCCCCAUCCAGUACUAGCAUAGAUCAAGGAAGUGCACAGCCCUCACUCACCCCUGAACCUCUACACCUCACUGACACCCAAGCAUGUAGACCCAAUCCACCCGGGGAAGCAAACACCUCCAUAUUCGCGAAUCCCGUAGAUGACUCAACUCUCAAGAGUAACAGGGAUAUGUUAGAAAAGGAUAAUUCAACUAAAGACAAUAUCAAUAAGUCUAACUUAGAGUUGCCUGGUAUUCACUCUUCAGAUCAGUUACUCAAUGACCCAAAUGAUCCUGACCAGAAGUCAAGCCUUGCCCUUAGUCCAACUCGGACUGUUAUGUUCCUUGACUCCGUGCUGCAGGAACAGACACCAGAUGCAAGCCCCCCAUCCCAGAGCACUCCCGUGAAAACCCCCAUCCCUCACAGCUCUGCCCCAGAGGCUGCUCCUGAUCUGACCACUGGCUCACUGUUCAUCGGCACAGACAUCCCUGUCUGUCAGAGUGCACCUGCUGUUAGUCACUCUUCCCCAACAAUUCCCCCCAGCACUGCUGUGAACUUAAAUCCUGAGGCUACACCUUCCAUCCCUUCACAAACAGAGCAACAGGAGCCUUCAUCGGCACAGCCCCCCCUACUGGAAGUAAAAGAAGAUAAGACAGCCAAAGAGGCUGUGUUCUCUCCACACUGCUCUUAUCCCUCUGCACCUAUCAAGCUCCGAAAGUUUAUGGACGACACUACAGUCAUAUGCCUUAUCCAGGACAGUGACGAGUUUGCAUACAAGCAAGAGGUAACACAGCUGGCUGUCUGGUGCAGUCUUAACCACCUGGAGCCGAACAUGCUCAAAAAUGUGGAGCUGAUAGUGGACUUCAGAAGAAACCCCCCUGCACUCACCCCACUCACCAUCAUGGACAGCAGAGAGUAG